AUGUACCUUUUAGCUACGAUUCUUCUGCCGCAACGGGACAAUGGGAGUCGACACGCCUGGAAGCGCAGAUCCGACACUGAUCGCAAAGUCGGGUGGCCCAUGGCUCCUCGCCCGAUUCGUCCCAAGGAUGAGCCGACAGGAAACGACGACAAUGCUGCCGAUUCGAAAGGCGGGAAAAGAAGAGUAGUGUCCUCUGCCUGCAUUCCAUGCAGAAAGCGGAAGAGUAAAUGCGAUGGCGGCGUACCAUCAUGCUCGACCUGCAUUGCCGUCUACCGCACGGAAUGCAGCUACGAUGCUGACUCGGACCAUCGACGGAAGGGCGCUCUGAAGAGAGACAUCCAGUCGCUCACGGCACAAAACGACUCUCUCGAAGUCAUUCUCGCGAGCCUAAGGAGUCUUCCGGAAGGCGAGGCAUUUUCAUUGCUCCGGAGUCUAAGGGCCGACACUGACCCUGAUGCCAUUGCCAACGCACUGCGCAGCGAGGUUCGAUUACCGCACAAUUUUGCACAGCAGACGUUAGAGGCCGACUUUGUACAAGGGUCCGCCACGCCUUCUAGCUCUACACACGCCGAUGAUUCCUUCGGAGCAGCGAUAUCCCGAACUCAUUCGGGAGAGUCGCAGUACUAUGCACCAUCUCAACCGAGCGUCACAUCCGCUCCAGUGGACAAGUCUCAGGAGUGGUUUAACUCGCCGGAGGAUCCGGAGUUCGUGGAUCACCUACUAAACCUCUACUAUUGCUGGCUGUAUCCAUUCCACAGCUUCGUUUGCUGGGAAACGUUCAACAAGGACCGACUGCGUGGAGGCACCGACUUCUGCAGCUCGGCGCUCAUAUACGCCAUUCUCGCGAUUGGAUGCCAUUACUCCGAUCGACCGCAGGCAAGGAUAGAUCCAAACAACCCGUCAACUGCUGGAGAUAUUUACUUUGCCGAAGCUAAGCGCAUUGUCAACAAUGCGGAUAAACCUCACCUAACCACAGUGCAAGCCCUUGGAAUAAUGUCGCUUCGGGAAGGAUCGGCUGGCCGCGAUAGUCUUGCCUACCAGUAUGCCGGGAGAAGUGUCCGGAUGGCGUUGGAGAUGGGUCUCCAUCUGUCAGUGUUGAAGGAGAACAUGCGAACGGUCGACGCACAAGUGCGAAAGAUUGCGUUCUGGGCCGUGUUCAACCUCGAGACCAUAUGUGCAGUUUCGCUCGGCAGAGUGUCACAGCUUCCUCGAUCGGCGGCAGAUAUCGACACUCCCUCCAUCAACGCGCGAUCUGAAACGCAGUCUUGGAAGCCAUACGAAGAUAACGAUAUCUCCAAUUACAGUAGCGCCGAGCAACCAGCUCGCACGCUCUUGUUCAAGGAUCAAAUGAGCAAGCUGUCUCAAUUGGCGAGCGAUAUGGUCAAUACGUUUUAUGCUCCACGGGAACAAUUUACCAGCCGGAGUCUGGCUGCGGCAUACGCGCAGUACCAGUCGUGGUAUCAGAGCUUGCCGGAAGUCUUUUGGCUGCAGAACACCACUCUCCCGCACGUUCUUGUACUGCACAUUUACUACUACGCAUGCGUUCUCCACUUAUUCCGACCAUACAUCAAACUUGACCUACGAGCUGCCAAUCUAUAUCCGUUGGACACCUGCACACUUUGCGCGAACGAAAUCUCUGCGAUUCUUGGGGCGCUACGAGCGAUGUAUGGCCUAAGACGUGUCACCUCGCCAGUCACGAGCUUCGUCCUCUCUGCCUGCACGAUCCACCUCCUCAACCUACCGUCCGACACCGCGGCGGCGAAUUUGACGCAGGGCCUUCAUGAUCUGGAGGCGCUCUCCGUCAACCAUCCUUUCGCAGCACGAGCGAUCGACAUCAUUCGGUCUUUGUCAAGCAAAUGGAACAUUACACUUCCAGAAGGCGCCGCGGCCGUGGCCAACUACCGCGGGACCUCAAUACGAAAGUCGCCCAUUCAGACUUCAUUCUUUGCAGCCUCAAUCCCACGAAAGCAGUCCUCCGAAGGGAGGAAGCGAUCCGCUGCCAGCUCCAACUCCCAGACGAAAGAGUCUCCAUUCGCUCCCCCAUCUUCACAUCCACAGCAACAACUACCACAACAUCCGCAGCAACAUCAUGAUCUCAAAUAUCCACCGCAAACCUCCUCCACGGCAGUUUUCAGUGAUCCGAGUGCUCCGCUGGACCCGCGGAGUGGGAAUUUUUGGACGCCUUUCCCGACACAGGUCAUGCCCAAUCCACACCUGGAUGACAGCAGUACCAACUUUGAUUUUACACGAUUCGGUGGUCAACCUCACCAAUGGCAAUCGUACGGCGUUAUGCCAAGUCAGCAGCAGCAUGUGCAAGGUUACAGACCUGGACCGCCAUCUGGCCCGAUGGAUGAGACUAUGAGCGGAGCUGAGCAGUGGCAUUGGGAGUGA